GCGUCCUGGCGGCGGCCACGUUGACAGGGCGGGCGGCAGGCGGUGCUGGCGGUGGGAGCAGGGUGUGGGUGCGCUCGUGCAGGCGCUGUCAGGGUAAACAUGUCUUCGCCUCCCAAAGAGAAAGCCGAGACCCGGGCCGGACACCCUCCUGCUGUUAAAGCAGGUGGGAUGCGGAUUGUACAGAAACACCCACACAGUUCUGAUACCAAAGAAGAAAAAGAUAAGGAUGAUCAAGACUGGGAAACCAGCAGCCCACCUAAACCGACAGUGUUCAUCUCCGGUGUCAUAGCAAGGGGUGAUAAGGACUUCCCUCCAGCAGCUGCUCAGGUGGCUCAUCAGAAACCACAUCCUUCAGUGGAAAAGCUUCCUCACCCUCAACAUGUCAAACAGCACAUCCACCAACCUCGCAAGUGAGCUCGCCGCCAAAAUCUCAGCCUAACUGCCGUCAGUGAAUAUGUUUUUGAGAGAAGAUGUUGACUCUUUAUGGUUCACGCUAUCAAAUCAGUAAUAUUUGACCUCUAAAAUCUUAUCCUGUUCUGUUCCUCUAAUUCCCAAGGGUUACUAAGAACAAAGACAUUAUGGAGUUGAUAUGCCAAAGGGAAAGUUUUCCUUUUUCUAUUAAGUAUUUGCUGAUCGAGGGUGGUUUUUUGAUAAGACUGUCUGAAUAACAAGAUGAAAAUUAUGAUUAGUGAGCUUAAAACUUGUGCUUUUAGUUCUGGCAUUGCAAUAGCAGAUAGUAAAUGUAGUUGUUUUAUGCUAAACCAGUAGAGGUCAUCCCCUUUGUACCGGUACUUCUGUUAUUCGGAGGGACUUUGUUGUGUUGAGGCAAAAAUUAGUGAUCGUCUUGAAUACACAGUCUUGCAGCCUUCAGUAUCCUGAGAUGUUAUGUUAGAUCUCAAGUGGGCAGAAAUCCAGCUGAAUCUUUUUUACACCCCUUUGCACUCCCAGUCUUGAUGAAGUUCUUCUGUGCAAGGUCUCUGUGGGUGUGAAGAAGGGGUCAAGAGUUAUGAGAGUUAUAAUGCUCUGACCUCACAGGCCUGUUUUUAAUUGCGAGGUGAUGAUUUCUCAAGUCCAGCAACAAGUUGAAAGAAUUCAGGACCUUCAAGAGCUGAGUUUAAACUGGAGCAAAAUCUGUUUUCUUUCUUAAAUAACGCUAUUACUGCGUUUAACUUCAUGAGCCAAGCUCUGUAAUGCAUCUUUUUUUUUUUUUUAAAGUUAUUGUUAAUGAGGGCAAUAAAAGCUACUUUUCAGACAGAGCAACUGGAUUAGUUUAGGCUACAUAGUUAAGUUUGUCAGUUACACAGUUUGAAAUAAAAAAGCACAAGCUGUAGCCAAUUCCUGCUUCAUCUCUAUAAAACACAGGGAAGUCAUUUUUUAAACAUUCCAUCUACAUUUUAAACAUGCAGGUCUGUUUUUAACUGACUAGUACAGGUUUUAAUGCCCCGUAAGUUUGUAAAACUUUCUAACAGGCUCAAAAAAGCGAGUACAGGAGCAAAACCCUGCGAAAUAUGGACCAUUUUGCAAGUGGAAUAACUCACGUCACACGAGUGAAAGGGACCUGGUAUGGCCAUCUAUUCGUAGGCUUGAAAUGCAAAGGGUGUAUUACAAAAGACAGGCAUGGAUGUAUUUAUUCUGCGCCAAGAAAGGGGACCUAUGAUUUGUGUACGAAGCCUUUAUUUUCACAGUUGAAUUAGAUAACUGUACUUGCCUUAAGGAGCGAGUGUUGUUUAUAAGAUUUAAUCUGCAUUAGAAUAUGCAUAUUUUUUUUAAAAAUAUGCUUUCUGUUCCUGAUGUCGGUACUUCUGAGGCCUUGUUCUUAGCCGCUCAUGAGUGUACAAGUGAUUCACACAUGAGUAAUUUAUCCUAGAGGGUAGGAUUGUUGAACCUCAUGGAACAUAUUUAUCAGCUAAAUCACCAGCAGAUUCAGGACAGAGAGACUAUCAUCUCAUUUAUGGUGCAGCCAGUAGUUGUCAGUGUGCUGCAUCAGUGUGUCGGCAAGUGGUUAUGGCCACUUGAUGCUGGUAGCUGCUGGUUUAAGAACAGUGGCAUUCAGCUCUCCUGUUUUUAUGUCUACAUCUGAAGUAGCAUGUAGAUUCUAACUGUAGUCAAACCAGUCAGUAGAGCGUGUUUCAAGACAAACUGAAUUGCUCUUGACCCUGUUCAUUGACUGUAGUGGAAAACUAGAAGUACUUCAGAAUAGCUGCACACCAUUUAUAGGCUUGGACAGCUCUACUCUGUGUGUUUCUGCCUAAUGCAAGCAACACGUUUCCAGCUUUUGAGUUAGAAACAGUCACUCUUGGUUGUUAAUGCAGUAGAUAUAGCAUAUAUAGACAGUAUCAAAUUUGUCUUUGAUUCCUUAGGGGGGUUUGUAAAUUUUUACAAUGAAGUAAGAUUCUCCAGAUAUCUUUAGUCACUUUUAGAGUGCAGGAUUUGCUGUAAGAUUAGAAAACGUCUCUGUAUGGAAGCAUAUUAUGUACGGUUGCAAGGUAUCCAUGUUUAUGCAUAGCUGUCCUUACCACUGCAUUAUCUUGCUGAAAAUAAAGAAUCAUAAUCAGUCAUCUGGGUUGUCUGCUGAUGAUUAUUAAUACUUUUAAAUGUAUCACAGUCAUAUAUAAGCACGCCCUAUGUUCAGAUGUUACAUGAAAUUAUUGCCAAAGAAUUGUCCUGAAAUUGUCAAUGUGGCAAUAACACAACAAUAAAACCUGAGGUUGUA